AUGAAAGAAGUUCCGAAAAGUACGAAAGCUGAAUUGCGUGCGGUUCUGUUGACGAACGUCGAUGGCCUGCCGAUUAAGAAACUCAUGCUUAAAUUCUUCCAAAUGCACAACAAAACUCUCGACUUUCAGGAGCUCGGCUUCUGCUCCAUUCAUGAAUUUUUAUCUGCUCUUCCUGAUGUCGCCAAAAUCAUAAAGUUUGCCAGUGGUGAUGUUGUAGUGUACGGGAUCCCACUAAACGAUAAAUUGAAUGUGACAGUUCAGAAGGCUAAGCAAAGCUUGAUGAAGUACACAAACCCGGAUGUGGCUUCGAAUGAAAAUACCAUUUCCUUCAACGGUGAUUAUCAACCUGAUUUGGAUAAACAUAAACAAAGUAAAAAUAUGAGACAUUUUCAAGAAAAGAAACCAUCAAAUAAUACUUCAGAUGAUUAUGUGACCAUAUAUAUAGGAAAUAUCCCUCGAAGCAUAGAUAAAACAGCAUUAUCUCAACAUUUCAGGAAUUACACUUUUAGAAAUCUCAAAAAGUUACCUGACAGAAACAUUGGAUUCAUUGACUUAUUAUUAUCUGAGAAGAAAGGCUUCGUGAAGGAUCGAUCGGUCAGGUACAUUGCUGGUCACCAACUGAAUUUCUGCAUCAAUCACAGGUCCAUCUUUGAGGACGAGGAAAAUGCUGCUAAGGACAACACCAAUCGUGGCGACAUAAAACCGCUGAUGGGGGGUCUUCACAAUUAUAAAGAAAAACAUCAAAAUACAAACUAUAAACAGAAACCGGAAAGUAACUCUUUAAGAAACUGCAAAAAUGAUUCGACGGUAAACGACGAAAGAAAUGUUAGGAGGAUUGCAAAUGGUAAAACGUUGCUCAAUCAAAUGAACUCCAUGUUUAUACAGGAUGUCGGUGAUGAUGACACGGAGGAGGAUGAAGACGAUGACGCCUUUCAUCAUUCCAAUAUGAAUAAGUCAGCUGGCAAUAAAAACAUUAAAGAGAACGUUAAAUCCGACAAUGAUACCGCCCCCACGAACGUUAAUAACAACAGGCGCUAUGCCAACAAUGAGCACUCUGCAAGCCAUGCAAAUGCCAACAACAGCACCACUAAGGGUACUGUUGAUGAUGACGAUUAUUAUUCUAACAAAGAUGAGUAUGAUGAUGAUGAGUAUGAUGAUAAUAAUAAUAAUAAUAAUAAUAAUAAUAACAACAAUAAUCGUUACAGCUUGGUCAGCAACAAUAAUGAAAAAGGCAAAUGCAAAAUCUCUACCGACAAUAAUAAUAAUAACAACAAUAAUAACAAUAAUAAUAAUAAUAACAACAAUGACAGUAAUAAUUGUUACAGCAUGGUCAGCAACAAUAAUGAAAAAGGUGAAUGCAAAAUCUCUACCGACAAUAAUAAUAAUAAUAAUAAUAAAAAGAAUGUUCAUAACAAGUACCGACAAAAUACUGAAUUGACAAGAAUAAAAAAAAAAGAUCACAAACCAGUCAGAGUUGAUGUUACUCGAGGAGAACGUCGUCCUGAUAUCAAUAAUAGUGGUGAUGAUAGUGGUAAUAAUGGUGAUGAUGAUGAUAGUGAAAAAUCAAAUACGGAGUUAAUUAUUCCAUUAUCAAUGACGAAACCGAUGAUGAAAUUGAUGUAUUACGACAUCUGUGAUAACAUGUUCCACAAGUCUCCACUGCAUUACUGGCCGAGCUACCAGUGCAUCAAAGUCUUCGUCACCCACAUCGAGGAAGAAGAUCCUUCAUUUUUUUGGGGUAUUGUCUAUGAACCUUUUAACUCGAACAUAAAUGAUGCCUGGUCCAUUGACGAACUAAGUGACCAGUUUGUGAAGUUUAAUUACGAGAGCAGGCGGGCUGUUACAUAUUAUGACACUUACUUCUGCAGAGCCUGGAUUAAAUCCUUAGAUAGAUAUUGUGCUGACUUGCAUUACGUGGACUUCGGCAGUAAUGAGAAGGUUCCACUAUCCAACCUUUACACACCACCUCAUCACGUCUGGAACAUACCUCCCAUCUCACAACCAUUCAAACUUACUGGUGAUGCAUCAAACUUUGAUUUGAAGCCGCACUUGAACAGCAGGGUGGUUUGUUACAUGGCACAAAAAGAUGAAAGACUGGAAUACGUGAAUAUGAUUUCUGGGAUAGAAUCAAUAUAA